AUGUUACUGGGCGGUCACGAAAGGCAUGAAAGAGACAAGAAAAUUGGCGAAAUAAUUAAAAUUCAAAUAGUGCCACGUCGGGCUUUUCAGUGGCUCUGUAAGGCUCGUAUUACUCCGGAAGGAUAUUGGAUGGGUGGCGACAUGUUUCUUCUGGUCAAAAAUGAUAUCAUACAUGGUAUUAUCAAAGUCGAGAUUGGCAGUGUAGCCAUUCAGUUCUUUAGCGAUGUUAACACUGCUCUUAUGUUGGCUCGGAAAAUACCAAAAGCCUGA